GGAGAAGCCAGGAGAAAAUGGCGGCCGUGGCUGCAGAGGCGGCAGCGACUGCGGCGUCCCCCGGGGAGGGGGGCGCCGGCGAAGCUGACCCGGAGAUGGAGCCCAUCCCAGGCAGCGAGGCGGGCACUGACCCCCUCCCGUUCGAAAGCAGAAUAAGACAAGUGUGCUUUCUACUGAUGUUCGGGCCCCAUGGCAUUCCUGUGACAGUAUUUCCCAAAAGGGAAUAUAAGGACAAGCCGGAAGUCAUGCAGCUGCAGAGUCAUACAUUCCAGGACGGGACCGAAGUCAAGCGCGAAGUGAAUGGUGCUGUUCCCAGUGACCCUUCUCCCAUCCCACCCCCUGAGCCAAGCUGGGCGGGAAGCCUGUGGACCUCCAAACCGCCUCUCUUCCAUGCAGGAGCACCUUAUCCUCCCCCUUUGUUUAUCAGGGACACAUAUAACCAAUCAAUACCUCAGCCCCCUCCUCGGAAAAUAAAGCGCCCCAAACAGAAAAUGUACAGGGAAGAACCCACUUCAAUAAUGAAUGCUAUUAAGCUGAGACCCAGGCAGGUCCUGUGCGAUAAGUGUAAGAACAGUGUUGUUGCUGAGAAAAAGGAAAGCCGGAAAGGUGGCAGCGCGAGUAACUCUUCUAAAUACGAAGAUAAAAAGCGGAGACACGACGGUGUGGCUACUAUGAACAAAAAACUGAAAACUGACCAGAAGGUGGAUGGGAAAAACCAAAACGAAAGCCAGAGAAGAAACGCCGUGGUUAGAGUUGCAGGUAUUGCUCACAGUAGAGGCAGAGUCGGCAGAGUUUCUGCUCAGACAAACACGUCAAAAGCUCAGCUAAGUACUAAAAAAGUGCUCCAGAGUAAGAGCAUGGAUCAUGCAAAAGCCCGGGAAGUAUUGAAAAUUGCCAAAGAAAAGGCACAGAAGAAGCAAAGUGAAACCUCUACUUCCAAAAAUGCACAUUCAAAAAUGGCCUUAACUAUCGGGAAAAAGCUCUCCUUUCCUGAUGUGGAGAGACUUCCAGAAAACAAGCAAGUAGCUUGA